UACAUUUAGACAUUUUCCCCACAGUAUGAAUCCGGAGGGCGCUGCUGGUAUAACCCUGGGGUCCACUACCCCACAUUAUGGAUGCGACGUUCUACAGGCGAUCAACAGAGAUUUAGAACAGCGAGUUUCUAUACAGCAAGAAGAAAUUGACAUCUUAAAACAAAAGUUAUUAAGCUUAGAAGCAGACAUUUUAAUCAAGCAACACGCAUUAACCAAAGUUGCAAUGCAGGAACAAGAAAUCCAACUGCUGAAAGAAAUUGUCCUAGAAAAGGAGAAAUGGCGGGAACAGGCUAAUGAUCUCAGCCAGGACAACGAUCGUCUGCGACAAGUUAACGAGGAUCUCAUGAUAGAAAACAGGAGACAGCGUCAGAUCAUAGGAGAAUUGGAAGAAAAUAUGAAGCUGAUGUCAACAAUCCUUGACCUGAGGACGACAGAGUUGGAGCAAGAGAAGAAAAACAAACUUCACCUGAAGAGGAAGCUUCAUGUGCUCUCCACAGCUGAGGAAACCCCCGAGUGUCACGGUCGAUUUAAGCGCCAGUCCCUGAAAGAUUGCCCUCGCUGCCAUGCAGAAAUUUCGUCCACCAAUCUCUGCAGAUAUCAUCCCAAAGCACCAGUCAAGCUAGACGGAACAUAUCUAUUUCCAUGUUGUGGGCAGUCUGGAAAAUCUGAACCCGAGGGUUGCCAGAGCAGCAACCAUCACUUUAUGGUUUUUGGUACCUGACAUGCUGGGCGUAAUUUAUACUCUUAUCUUUGUCCAACCCUUGGAAAUGAUAUGCAAAAUAAUGGGACGUCAAAAUGAUUUCAACAAAUCAAAGUUAUGUUAUUCUUGGCGUUCUAAACAAGGGCAUCCCCCUUCCGUGAUUCUGCAUUGUAAAUGGCUUUCUUGAACCUGAGAGAAUAUUGAGUUCAGUACUUAUCUAAUUUAUAUGAUCACAUAUAAAUUGAAUUCAU